AUGGACCCCAAUGAUGGGUACAAAUAUAAUAAUAAUGGCAGUCGAAAUGGAAUCACUUAUUUUAAAUGCAUUAAAGCCCGUACACAUUUUUGUAACGGUUCUAUAAAAAGACUGGAAAAUGGUACAUUCGUUACGGUUAAACCACACAGAGGUCAUGGUAGAGAACCAGGGAUCAAUAACCAGGGCUUGAUCUCUAAUUUCCGAGCAGUUUUAAAACAUCGAGCAGCUACAGAAAAUAUACCGUUGAAAAGCAUAUACGAUGAAGAAUCAAGAAGGCAUGUGGUAGCAGCAGGAUUAUAUCCAUGGUCUACUGCUGAAUCGAUUAUGCGAUUUACCAGGAGAAGUACAAUGCCAAGACUGCCAAAUUCACUAUCCGACUUGGCCACAUUGUUUGAAAAUGAACAACUAAAUAGAUUUGGAUGUUGUGAUGCUCCAUUCUUUAGAGGAUGUGUACAUGAUGUUGAUGGCAGGAGUAAUGUUAUUUUCGCAUGCACCAACUUGAUACAGCAUGUACUUAGAAAUGCUGUCACUGAAAUACAUGCUGAUGCAACAUUUAAAGUGGUCCCGGUUAAUAUGGGAUAUCAGUUGUUGACAAUACACUGCAUGAUUCAGAACUAUUCCAUACCCAUAGUAUAUGUUCUAAUGGAAAGCAAGUCGAGGAACUCGUAUGAUUGUGUAAUACGAUUUAUUAGAAAUAAUCUAUUGCCAAACUUAGCUCCAGAAACUAUAAUUUCAGAUUAUGAAACAGCACUGAGGGAUGCGCUGAUUUCGGCAUUUCCAGAAUCUCGUGCUGUUGGGUGUUUUUUUCACCAUAAUCAAGCUGUAUGGAGAAAAAUGAAAAACUUAGGCUACUUACACCAUGUCAACAACAAUGACAAUGCGUUGAAAGCUUUAAGACUCCUCUUGUCUCUUCCGUUAUUGCCUGCCAGAGAUAUAAAUAGUGGAUUUUUGUUGAUUCGGGCAUUUUGUCGAAACCAUGGAGUGCAUCUAGAACGUUUGUUGACAUACUAUGAACGGUAUUGGAUAAGAAAUGUUGGUCCACAAAUUGUAUCAGUUCAUGGAUUGCCUCGUCGAACUAAUAACAAUAUUGAAAGCUUCCAUAAUGCUCUAAGAAUUAAGUUUUCUGUGACUCAUCCUAGUUUGUGGGUAUUUCUUGGCCAUCUAACUCACUUAAACCAAAACUACCACAUAAUUGAGCAACAGUUGUUCAACAACUUGCGACCAACGAGGCAUUUGAGGACAAAGUUCUUGGCAAAUUCCCGCCGAAUAAAAAAUUCCACCGAGCAGUAUGACUUGGGACUCAUAUCAAUAUGGCAAUUUCUUCAACAAUGUUCAUAUGUUAGUGCAGCAUACGAGCAAAGGCAACGGAACUGGGAGAUAAUGAACGCGGAUGAACCAGCCAAUGUUCCAAUUGAAGCAGAUCCUUUGCCCAAUAAUGUCCCUAAUGCAGUCGAUCCACAGCCAAUUGUCCAGAUUGAAAAUCCUCUGCCUAAUCGGAAUAUAAUAAGAGAGAUUUUAAUGGAAUUGGAUCAAGAAGAACAAGGCCUGCAGUUAAAUGAUAUACCUGAUUCUCCACCUGAUUCUCCAAAUGCACCGCAAAUGCAAGACGGUAUUGGAAAUGGAAAUGUGUGUAUGAUAUGUACAACUAUAUCAAUAAAUCAAACAGCAGAACAAUAUAUUGUGAUACCGUGUGGUCAUGCAUGGGUGUGCAGCACAUGUGUCAGACAGUUGGAAGUUCCAAAUACAGUUUGCCCCAUGUGUCGUACUAGAAAUAUUUCAUUUCAAAGAAUUUAUUUUACUUAUUAA